AUGAAAACACAGAUUAUAGAAAUGUUUUCCUGUCAAACUUCUACUAAAAGUCACAUAAUUCUGGGAACUGAUCAUCGGAUUGCAAUACAUCCAUUGGCUAAGAGGGUGAGAGAAGAUCAAAUUAAGCAAAGUAAGUUUUCCAAUUAUUAAGUUAAUGCAUAAAUCAUAAUUAGACUUUUUACAAAUUUGCCCUUGGUUUUGUAGUAUGGAGUAUGUAUUCGGUUUAUACAACAGUGAACUACAUUGAAGAUCUAGAUGAAGUGAUUGAUUACAAGGGCCCUUUUAGUAAAUUUUACCUAUUAUUUUAAAAUAAAUUCUUAUAUAUAUAAUUUGUUAUUGAUUAAGAAUGGAAAUAUAACAUCAAAUGAGGAAAUUGAUAAAAUAUUGGCCUUAGAGAAGGUUGAAAAAGUAAAGAUAAUAAAUAAGCUUCCAUUAUUGUUUUUUGUUUUCUUCAAUGCAUUAUUUUCAAUGACUCAUUUCACUGUUUUCAUUUGUUUGUGAUGAUGAAGGUACGAGUAAAGCUGUUGACAUUGAUGAAAAUGAGGUAAUAUAUUUCGUUAUGACUGUUAUUAUUAUUAUAAUUAUAAUAAAAAUAAUAAUACUUAUUUUCAUUUUUAUAUGUGUGUGCAAGGUUUAUGUUAUUUACAACGUCACAAAGAUCAAGGUCCCCGUUCUUCUAAGUAUAGGUAAGUUAUUGAAUUUCCAUAAUAGUAAAAAACUAUUUACCAUUGCUGCAAAUACAAAUAAAAAAACGGAAAGACACAAAGCGUUUCUUUUUCUAUUGGUGCAGUUUUGCUGCUGCAUGGUUAUACUAUGGAGUCAAUUCAGAUCAUUGUCUAUUGAAAUGAUCAUUAACCCUAGUGAAACAGUACCUUUAAAAUGUUUACAAUAUAAGGUUUAUUUUAGCAAAAGGAAAGGAACAAAGAACAUAGAUAAACAUAAAAUAUUUUAUACUCUUGGAGGUUUUUAUGUUUAUAAAUCUUUUCAUCUCAACAUAGAUUUCUCUGUUUAGAAAAUGUAGCAGCAAGACAGCUCCAGUGAGAUUUUUUUUUUGAGUUUUUUCGGAUAAGAAAGUAAAAAUAAAAUUUUGUUGUAUCAUUUCAUCAAGCACUUGGUGCGCAUCAUCAAAAUUAGUUUUUACCCAUACUACAUUCUAUUAAUAAAGGGUUGAAGUAAAAAAAAAAAAAAAAACCCUUAUAUUUUCCAGAUUAAACCUUUAUUUAUUGUCUGAAAAAAAAACAUUGAAUUUUUUCAUUUUCCCUGAAUUGGCCAUUUUAGUCAUUUUUUACCAAAAACAAUUGUAAAAUGUGAUGUUUUUUUACAUAAAAACUUAAAAGUUAAGGGUUUCCUUGGAAGCAUUAAGAAGGUUGAAGGUUUUUUUUUUUUUUGAAAAAAAUAGAAAGUUGAGGUGUUUUUGGAAAAAAAAUAAAAUAAUAAUACAAGGCCUUUUUCAGGCAAAAAAACAAAUUUGAAGUUUAUUUCGGAAAAAACCCAAAAUAUCAGGGUUUUUUUUUUCAGAUUAACCCGUUAAUAAAAAAUAACGUUAUGUAACAAACAAAAUACAUUGCCUAUAACAAAGUUUAAACUGAUGGAGCUUAUGGAUGCCAAACCAUCAUACGAUACCCUUAUUGAAAAUCUCAAAAAAGAAGUUGGGGUCGUUUGGAUCACCUGAAACAAGAAGGAAAAAAUUAUGUUUCUUUUAUUGUAGAUGUGUUUCUAUUAUAUGACUUAUAUUUUAUGGAAGUGUGUUUGAUGUGUUUGUGGUUGUGAUGCAGGGUUGAUUUUCCUCAACUUGCAAAUCAAUGGAGUUGGCCUAAGAACACUCCUCGAAAAGGAGUCACUAUGAGUCGACAGAAGUCUGGGAGUGGAAGAGUUGUUGAAGCUUCUCUUUCAUCAUCUCCUUCAUUGAAGGGGAAAAGAGAUGUGAUGGC